GUGGGGGAGAGAAGAAGCGAGAGAGAGGGCGAGAGAGGCUGACUUGCAGGAUCUUGUCGAGUGAAAUAAGCUGCCUCGGUGCUGUCAGUAACAGCCUGUGCCUGCACACUGCAGUGGGGAGUGUUUUGACCAUGCUGAGCAUGCCACAGAGACCUGUGUGUGGGCUAGCACCUUUGAUUGUGGGCCUGUUCUGUCUGGCUCAGACUAUCAGUGCUUCAGAGUGUGAGAAGAGCUUCUAUAAAAACACUCCACCACAGAGGGUCACCGAGUCAGGCCUGGAGAGGAGAUGCCACAGCCUGGGCGAUGGACGGCAAUUCGUUUCAUUGUACCACCCAGAAAGUCAGGCCAAUGUCUACACUGCUCUCCGUGUAGGCCAGCACAACGCAUGGGGCAAAGGAACAAAAGAGGGAAAGGAUGAAACAGAUGAAAAAAGUGAGGAGUCCAAGUUUUACAUCCCAGCUCUAUACAAAAGGGACCAAAAUGCAGCUCCAUCUGACUCAGCCUCCCCUCUACAGAAAUUGGACACUCAUACUGCAAAGCUGGUAAAGAGCAAGACUGUACCACGUUGCUCUGAUGCAGAGGGGGAUGUCUAUGUGCAGAGCGGUGUAGGUGGGUUAAAAGGCAGCCAGGAGGGUGUGCUGUGGUCAGCAGUAUGCUGUGCAGUUCCCAAUGGACAGGGCAGCUUCAGUAUGGGAGUGGUACAAGAUGACCAUAAGAAUCUGAAGGUUAUGAGUAUUGAGGAGCUGGAGAAACUGGUAGGGGUCAAAGAACUUUUUGCAGGAGGGUGUGGGCAUUCGGAGGGUCUAGCAGAUUUACAGCAUCUUACAGAUGAGAAGGAGGUGGUUUCAGACUCUGAAGAGGAGCAAGAAAUUGUUGAAACCGACGAUUCAGAUGUCGAAGAGGAAGAAAGAGCUGAGACAGCUGUGCAGAAAAGUGUAAAAAAAAAAGCAUCCAGCAAAACAGAGCAGAUAGAUGAAUCUGGUGUAGAAGAAAGUGCCAAUGCCACAGAGAGCUUAAUUUUAAAUGCCCUGUCCACAUCCAUGUCUCUCCUCAUUUCUCCAGUCGUCUCCACCCUGACUAAUAUCCCCUCUCAAGUCGGCUUUGUGCUCCAAAAGGACGCUGCUGUGCUCGCAUCGCUACCCAUGGACAGUGUCCGUCUGGUCCGAAAUCUCGGUUCAGGUGUAGCCAAGGGUGUUGAAAAUGUUGGAAGUGUUGCAUACCACGUAACCGAACACAGUGUGUGUUCGCUCUAUGACUUCACAAGCACCUUAACUGGCACUCUGCUGAGCUCAUGUUAUGAGGGAUUGGCAGGUACAGGCACGCUAACAUGUGACAUUCUCGGGCUGGCAACUGAUACACUAGUGAAAGUCUUGGAUUUGGGUACAGGCAUUGGUGGGUCUGCGUGCCGGAGCUUGGGUGGGUUUGUGGGCAGCGUAGGAUCAGAGAUGGGCCAGCAGGGCUCGUCUGUAGGACAAGGGGUUGGCACGCUAAUCUGGAGGGGAAUGAGGGGAGUCGGUAACGUGUUUGGUGGAGUUUUGAGCAUUAUAGGAGGAGUGGUGGGAAACACGGUGGAAAACGUAAGGGAAGCCUUUAGAGAAGAGUAGCCGGGGAAAGAGUUGGUUAAUUUUGGUGCAUGUGUGUGCAUCUACAUAGACUAAGCAGUGCAUUAUCAUCAGUGUUAAAGCAUGUCAAAUGUGAACACAUGCACAAAAAUAUUUGCACAUGUUCGGAUUGGGAUAUUCAGCAUUUUUGCAACUGAAACGAGUAUCUUGUAUGGGAUUGGUGUCUAAAUUAUGUACUUUUUUGGUGAGUUGUUGGUGUAGGUUGGGUGCAUACAACUGGCGCCAUCAGAAGUUAGUAGGUCAAAAUUGCAUUAUAUAGGUACUAAAAUAAAUAUGCUGGUCCUAAAAGUAAAUAUGGAUGGCUUCAUAGAGCAUUUAUUUCAUUGUAAAAUGUUUCGGAACAGGGUACUGGCACCAGAAUGUUUCUUUGUUAGACUAGCACCUUAAACGUCACUACUUAUUCUCUACACUGUCCACAAUGGAACUAACAGAACUUGGGGUUCAGGGUUAAUUCACUUUCAUUUUUCAACGUGGACACACAGACACAGGGAGAACAUGCAAACUUCUUGCUGUGAGACGACAGUGCUACCCACCACCACACCACUAUGCCUUGCAGCUUUCAUCAAACACAGCCUGAAAAAAACAAGCUUGCUUCAAUUCACUAGAGUAAGAGUCUAGAAUCUCAAGUCCUAUAAGUUUCUGUGUGAGUGACUGUGUGGAGAAGGAUUAGGGCUCCUAUAUUAAAGAAUUGCUUAUUAAAGUACAUGGCAUCUCAUAUGUUUCUUAAAUCUCUUUAAAUAAUUUAAUUGCUGAAUCAUUUGCAUUAGUAAUCACACAAAAUAUCAAAAAUAUCAUGUUUUUGUGAAGUCACAUGCUACCCAACCGAUGAAACCUGAAACUUCCACCCCACAGUUAAACUGUAAGAAAUCCAGAUGUGAUGUGCUGAAGGAUAACUGGAAUUAAAUAAAUGAGUUAUGUCUA